UCACCACCCCAGAAGGUCAUGAUAUUGCCAAGUGCGAUUUCUGCCCACUAUCCCAGAGAGUUCAUGUUAUUGACGAGUGCAACGAGGUGCUCGAGUAUUUAAACCCACAUGUCGGUCUGAUGAGGAACAGUUGAUGUUCAGUUACUGAGGAAGAUGGUCGUGUCUGGAGAGAUGACUUGUAUACAGUGCACGAUAGUGGGAGACAAGAAGGUGGGGAAGUCCACAAUCAGUAGAGGUCUGUGUGAGACUGAGGGGGUUCUGGACAUACACAAUAACAACUACCAGUCUACAAUCUUUGACAAUAUUGCCGGAACUACCAAUGUUGAAGGAAAAGAUGUACCUAUUAGCUUAUUUGACUGUUCAAGUGAGACGGAACAUUCUGCAAUCAGAGAAUUUGCUUACAAGGACAGCAAUGUGUUCAUUCUGUGUUACAGUGUGGUAGACAGGACUUCUUUAGUGAACAUCAGGGACAAAUGGAUUCCAGAAAUCCGAAAAUUUCUUGGCAAAAAAUUUAAACUGUUGGUGGUAGGGACACAGACAGACAUACGUGAUUCCGUGUGUCUGGACCAGGACCCGCCAAUCAAUAAAACCGAAGGUGCUGACUUUGCGCGCCAAAUUGGUGCGGACUAUUUCAUGGAGUGUAGCUCCACAUCUCCGUCCACUUUUUGUGACAUUUUCAAACAUGUGGCCAUGAUCGGCAAAAAGACAAAACGAAGGCGAUCUCCUGUAAAUCUAGUUCGAAGACUGCUGGGUACAAAUUAGAGAUACCUCAAACUUUUGUAAUCUUAUUCUAGUCAAAAGUCAUCCACCGUGUGUCAUUUAUGAUCGUUUUCAACUUUCGUUAUUGUUUCCACUUUUAUGAUCGUGUUUAUGAGAUACAUGAAUUAAACAUGGCUUGAACACUUA